UUAAGGGGCUCUGCGUCAACCGCAAGUGCUUGUAGACCUCUCAUUGGCAGACUAUCUUCACACAGAUAGUAGAAGAUAAACAUAAAUCAGGGCUAACAGAGGAUGUCCAGAGCUGACUGGGGUUUUCUGGAGCACCUGUUAGAGGAGGGUCAGGAGUACUCGACAGGCAUUGGGCGCGUGUGGCUGACCGUGCUCUUCCUUUUCCGUAUGCUUGUGCUUGGCACAGCAGUCGAAUCUGCAUGGGACGAUGAACAGUCUGACUUUAUCUGCAAUACCAAACAGCCUGGCUGUGUUUCCGUUUGCUAUGACAAGGCCUUCCCCAUCUCUCACUUCCGUUACUUUGUUUUGCAAGUCAUUUUUGUCUCAACACCAACCAUUUUCUACUUUGGUUAUGUGGCCCUGAGAUUAAAAAAUGAAAGGAGCCAAGAGGAGAAGCCAGAAGUGGGUAGAAGCCAAAGACAUGGAAAAAACAAUGACCAUAAGCUGGAUGUAAUAGUAGAGGAAGAUGAAGAAAAGGAGGAGAAAAGAGUUGUGAAGAAAGGUAAAGUUGCAGGGCCUCCAAAGCUCAAAGGGAGACUGCUGUGUGCUUAUGUGACUAGCAUAGCUCUAAAGGUUCUUCUCGAAGUUGGCUUCAUUGUGGGUCUAUGGUUCCUUUAUGGAUUUGUAAUUGAGGCCAAGUAUGAGUGCCAAAGGUUUCCCUGUCCUCAUACUGUGGACUGUUUUGUCUCACGACCCACAGAAAAAACUAUCUUUACCAUCUACACACAGGUCAUCGCUGCAAUCUCUGUUCUCCUCAAUGUUGUGGAGCUUUUCCAUUUGCUUCAUCUAGCGGUAAAACUUCGAUUAGAGAAGAGAUAUCAGGCUGAAGAAGAGAUCAAUAAACUUAUUCGGAGGACUCGUUCUAGAACAGUACCAGCAAAUGCUCAGAUAGCAUCAUCUGAGGAGAGAAACAAUGUCUUUCUCCCCACAGUAAAUGGUGGCUACCCUGUAUCAGGGUUAAACUGGGACAACAGAGAUCCUCAUUCAGCAGAGGACGUUCUCCCUAGUUACCUAAACUGCAUAAGCAAUAUGAAACCUGCUACAAAUCUCCACAAAAAACAUCAUAAGACUGACAGCAAUGGCAAACACUCUAAACCAAGACAUUAUGUUUGAGGUGCAGAAAAUGUGAACCAGGGCUUCAUUUUGGGGGUAUUACAAUGAGGGAUUAGACAUAUGUAAAGAACCAUUAGUGGUUUACUGUCCAUUUGAGAGCCAUUUCCUUUGUUUAGAUAGACAGGGAAAUGGGCUGUGCUUUGGGAUGAACUGUCUUUUGUGAUCAGUGGCCAGAUACAGGGGCCCUCUCAAACACUGAUUAGUUCUGAGAAGCUCAUGGUCAGGAAAUACUCGAACCACUGAGCCCGAGAGAAACAAGAACAAUGGCUAAAAAUGCUAAAACAAAGUGGUUGUUUGAAGUCAAGUACUGAAUAUAUGAUGCAUAUGGUACAGCAAAGAUAAAUACCGUACUGUAUCUGAGACCAAAGUCAACUAUGUGCCAAUUAAUUGUAUGUCUUCUAUUUAAAAUGUAUUUAAAUUUAUUUUUAUAUUGUUAAUUGUAAUUCAUUCAAUAUUUAAUUUCUCAUGCUUUAAACUACUCAGUGUGUAUAACAUAACUUGCCAUUUAAGCAUCUUUCAUUGCCUACUAGCUCACCCAUAAUUGCAAAAUGUGCAACUAUAUGCUACGAAUGGUAUACAGUAAGUCCAAAAAGUUUUUAAAACCACACUUAAAAAUUAUGAAUGACUUUAAAUUAUGUAACAAAAUUUCAAACCAAGUGGCAUCUAUCUUUAAGAAAUAUAGCAUAACUACACCUUUCAAGAAAAACAUUUCACAAAAAUACGUUUGAAAUUAUAAAUAAUAGACAUGGGUGGCACUUAUGGUGGGCUACCCUGGCUUAAGCUCUAAUGUUUUUAUUAUCUUGUAGAGAUGUCAAAAGUACCAGUACUUUGGUAUAAAGUCAAAACUAGAAUACAAAUAAUGUUUAGUAAUGAUACCGGUCUUUUUACAGUACAGAUAAUGCCAAAUAUCGACUCAGUUCGAUACUCAUACACUGUCUGGUAGCUGCUUUCCAGCAUGCAUGCAAGAAGAACAAUGUUUUUAUGCACCUAUUUUAGCUUAUAUACACCCAACAAAUAAAAUAAUUAUAAAAACUCAAUUGUACACAAUGUGAGUUAAACUACGGAAAGCUUAAAGGGAUCAGACAUUUUUGUUUUAAUCAUGUUUUAAAGAGAAAGUGUUAAAAGCAUACAACCUCUGAUCUUCUGAGUGUAUCUGUGGCUGAGGGAAAAGUUAGUGAGAUUUUUAUAUUUACUUCCAGUAAUAUUUAAAGAUUUACUUUAUAUAAAUGACACAAGUUUUAACAUUUAAACUUUUAAUAUAAAGUGGAUUAUUUUCCAAUAUUUCAUUCAAAAAUGGACCAAUACAAGGAGAUCUGAGCUAAGUCCUAAAUAUCCACUGUUCCAAAAUGAAGACAAAAAUGAUUGUUGUGACACUUUUUGUUUGUCAAACUUUAGUUUAACAUAUUGAUGAACUAUAUGUGUAGUUACUCUGCUAGGACACCUGUGUGCACUUCAGGGGAACUGACUUCAGAUCUACUAAAAAUCCCCUUGACACCAGUUUGUUAAAAGUCAUAGGAAAAAUGACUAAGAAAUAAGAAGUUAGCUCUAUGAAAAGCUCUAACAUAAUUUGUUUGCAGAUUACAUAUUUAAGUGUGACUUAAAGGGAUAGUUCAUGCAUUUACUCUCACUAAUGCCAUCCCAGAUAAGUGACACACAACCAAAGAUUUUAGAAGAAUAUUUCAGCUCUGUAGGUCCUUACAAUGCAGAUGAAUGGUGACCAGAGCUUUGAAGGUCCAAAAGGCAGUAUAAAAGUAAAAUAUAAGACUAAAGUGGUUAAAUCUAUGUCUUCUGAAGCAAUAUGAUAUGUGUGGUUGAGAAAAAAUAUCAAUAUUUAAGUCAUGUUUUUACCAUAAAUCUCUACUUUCACAUUCUUCAUCUUUUGUUUUUGGCGAUUAGCAUUCUUCAUGCAUAUCACCACCUACUAGGCAGGGAGAAGAAUUUAUCACAAAAAAGGACUUAAAUAUCGAUCUGUAUCUCACUCACACCUAUCAUAUACUUUGAGCAUACAUGGAUUAAAUAACAGGAGUCAUAUGGAUUACUUUUAUGCUGCUUUUAUGUCCCUUUUGGAGCUUAAAUGUUUUGGUCACCAUACACCUGCAUUGAAUGGACCAACAGAGCUGAGACAUUCUUCUAAAAAUUUAACAUUUGUGUUCAACAGAAAAAAAGAACAUCAUACACAUAUGGGAUGGCAUGAGGGUGAGUAAAUUAUGAGAGAAUUUUUACUAAGUAUCCAAAAGUGUCUUAAUAUUUUUGAGCAACAAAUUAGCAGCCAGAGUACUUGAUACAUUCUAAAACACUAGAACUGGAAAGUAAAAUACCGAAAAUGUAUAUGAACAGAUGAGAAAAGUACUUAAUUGCCUCACGUUAGUGUAUAAGUAGCUUUGAGGCCACGCUGCUACUGUAUGUUCAAUUUUCUGUCUUGUCAUGAGUGCAGCAUUUCCCACAAAAAUACUUUCCAGCAAUUUUUGAGCUGCUUCAACAAUGAUAAGCAGUUAACUGUAGUAGAAAAAAGGGAAUGACAGGUAAUCUAAAAGGUGGGACAGUUGCUUAUGAAUUUCACCAGCUGACAUCAGGGAUCAAAUCAAAACAAUAUAGUGAAGAAAAAAAAGAAGAUUUUUUUUUUUUUUUUUUCAAAAAACACCCUCAAAAGGUAUGUUUUGCUGGCUAAUGGAAAUCAUGUUUUAUUAGGGGGUGUUAUCUGCAUAGCUGGGCUGCAGUCUAUGAAAGAUUAAUGAGUCUUGUGCUUGUGGGGUUGCCAACCAUAACCUGUAGUCUUUGCCCAAUGCAUAGUUCUCAGACCACCUGUCACCUCUUGUCAGUACAAGGCUUCAGAGGUGCUACACAAGAUGUGUGGGUCAGUGAACAGCUGGUGAGGGCAGUCCCCUUUAGUUGCUCAGUAAAGAGAGAGACAGUGCACUAGGCACCUCUCUCAUUCUGUAUCAAGCUCUUUCUCUCCCUGUUUACUAUUUGAUAAAGUCAUUCAGGGUGCAACAGAGUAGUUCUUGAGCAUUUCCAUUUGUUUUUCUUCAACAUAACACCUACAAAAGCUGAAUUGUGCCCUUUAGCAAGUAGUGAAACUGUUCUGUUAAGUAAAUCUUUGUUGCAUUGCCAAGUGUGGUUUAAUGUGCACACACAUGCAUCAAAUAGACAAGUAAUUUUGCUUUACCUAGACAAACAGAUGUGUGCCAUUUUAGCUCCAAAAAAAAAAAACAAACAAAAAAAAAAGUUUUCAUGGAUGCCUGCUUAUUUUGAGUCAUUAAGAGGUUACUUUGCCAAAUACAUUUUUUAUUUUUUUUUGGACUAAGGUCAUUCUAUUUGUGAAACUCAGCAGGGACACAGCCAGCCUGCUUGCCUUUAGGUGAUUUGCACAGUUGCACCAAUGAAAAUGAGCUGCGACUCUUUCUGGCCUGUUUCCUGCAUACUGAUAUUGUCGUGCUUACUGCUGAUGCAUUUCCCUUUCCCUGCUUACCAGCAGUCGUUUACACAGGCACACAGGACAAACAAACAGGGUUUAAAACAAUCCACAAAAUGUAUGUUCAUUUAGAUAUAUGGAGCAUCAUCUUGUGCUGGGUUUGGGCUGUGUGUUUGGUGUUUUCUGGAUGCAAGGUGGUUUCGAAUGGUCAGACAAUCUGCUUCCCAAGGGUAGUAAUCCUUGAGUGCCAACUUUUGUUUCUCUAGGGGUUCUAAAAGCUGCAGUAUAAAGCAAAUGUGCCAAUGAAUGUGGUGCAAAAUGGUUAAAUUGUACUUCCUGCCAGCUGAAAUGAUUAAACCCCCUUGUCUUCCCAGUGAUAGCCAUAACAAGAACUCACAACUCCAUAAUAGGAAAAUACAGGCCUAAAAAUAAUGUUUAGUCUAGUUAUCAAUGUACUGUUGAAAAUGAGUGUGCUUGUGUUCACAACAUGUAGAAUGUUAAGAAAUUACUUUUACAGAUUAAAAUGGCCUUUAAAAUAUCUAUCUACCUUAUUUUUGAUGGACACGAAGGCCAUGAAACAGUCACCCAGAUAAAAAGGUGUUUAAAGUUUUCACAAUGUUUUACUCUAUUUUAAGUUGAAAAUUGGUUGAGAUGGCACUGGAUAACAUUAACACAGAAUGUAAAAGUGAUGUAGAAUUAACAUAAGAAUGUAACAUUGAUUCAGGAAUGUUAACAUUGACAUUUUGUUGAAAUUUCAACAUUGAUUCAACAUAAGUGAGGCAUUUACAAUGGAAGUAAAUGGGGCCAUUUUAUGGAGGGUUUAAAGGCAUAAAUGUGAAUCUCAUAAUUUUAUAUAAACACAUAAAUUAUUCUGUUAAAAAUUGUUUAUUAUUUGAGCUGUAAAGUUGCUUAAAUUGUCCUUUUUGUGGCAGUCUACUAAAUUACCGGGAUUACAGUGUUACAUCGUCAUGGAAAAAAAGUUGUAAAAUUGGAUACAGCUUUACACAAAAAAGGUUAGCAAACAAUUUUAUCACACUUAAAUUAUGUUAACAUGCAUUUUGCAUAUGUCUUGUGGCUAUUCUUUUGAAAAGGUGAGUAUUUUAAUGUUUAUGGAUAGGCCCCAUUCACUUCCAUUGUAAGCGCCUCUAUAACCCAGAUUUAAUGUUUUGUUUUUUUGUUUUUUUAUUUACUUGUAUUCAACAGAGGGUGCAAAAGUGAUAUAGAACCAAAAUCUUUGUUACAAUUGUUACAUUAAUUCAGUAACAUUAACACUGAUUUAACUCUGAUUCAAUGCUUGCUUGCUGUCUGGGAUAAAAAAUAAAUUAAAAAGCCAUAUACUAAAUGUUUGUGUCAAGCCAUAAUUGUAAUAUUGUAGUCUAUGUUGAUUCAUAGAACAAACACUGUUGCUCUCUGGCCAGACACAUAGUUAAUCAGACGCUUAAUUUAGACAAUUAGGAGGAAAUGGGCUUGUAUCUGCUUCCUGAUUCUUCCAUUGGUCACUCCAGGGAUUAGCUAAAACGCUUGUUCACCCCCACAAUGGAUCAACUUUGAGCAUUGUUACAUUGUUUAUGGAAAGAUCCCACCUGCAGCUGUUUCAGGAUAUUAUGGUCAACUUCUCAAACCAUGAGUUAUGUAUAUAAUAAACUAGAUUUUUAUAUUUUCUUAAUAAGUAUGAGCUGUGAGUGGUGCUUGCUAGAUGAUGCAAGAGUGAUGCUGUGUGGUUACUAAGGUGUUCUGAGUGGUUUUAGUGUAUUACUAUGCUGUUGCUAGUGUGUUGGUGGGUGGUUGCUCACAGAGUCAAGAGACAGGAAACAACUUUAAACAAAUGUAGUUACUCAAUACAUAAUAAUUUAUGCAAUACAAAUGACUGAUAUAUGUCAAUAACUUGUAAUACGCUUCCCUCCUCUCGUUCCAAACCUUGUUGUUUUCUUUCUUCUGUGGUACGCAAAAGUUCUUUUCCUAUUAAAAUCAUUGUUAGGUGUAGGGUUGGCUUACUUUAUUUUGCCAUCUUGCACCAUUAUGUCUGCUUGUAAUGAGACCAGGUUGGUCACUUCUUCAGUAUUAAGCAAUGUCAUUUUUUAAGCCAUUUUGUCAUGCACAAGGCAACAAUCACAAGUUUGUUUACUUUGAAAACUAAUAGCACAACUCUCCACAACAAGCUGCUUGAUUUUGGGUAUCCUUAAUGUCUGAAGCACAAAUGUUCCAUUGAGUUACGCAUGUUAGAAGUUCAAAUUCCUAACCUUAAUUUUUAGAAAUAGUAAUACAAUGUUUGCCUCAUCAAGCACCACUAAUAAACAGAAAAUUGGUAAUUAUAACUUUAAUACAUAAUUUCAUAUGAUAUGUGAACUGUUCAUAUUGUUUGACUGAACCGAAACUAAUGUUUGAUGUACAGUGUACGUAGUUUGCUUCUUAAUCCAGAUAAGGAAUUUAUUAUUUUGUACACACAGUAGUUAUAAGGCAGAAAUAUGAGUCAUCAUUAGAGCAUCUUGACUAUAAACCAUGAAUCACAGUUUGGGUACUUAGAUGUUAAGCCUCCAGCAAUGCUCAAUAAUGAAACUUCUAAUGAAGAUCAAUGUAUGAUGCAUGCUGCAAAUGGUGUGUGUAUAUAUAUAUAUAUAUAUAUAAAACAUCAUCAGGCACUUAUGAUAUUUUUUAAACCACCAAUAUUACAUUUCUUUGUUUUUUUUAAAAAUCCAUUAUUGAGGUUAAUUCCAUCAUAAAUGUAAGAAGCAGCCCAUGGUUAUUAGAAUUCCAUGAUUAUUUCUUGAAGAGAAUAAACAGGAACAAUAAUGUCUCCAUGAGGUAAGUUCAGCACAACUGAAUAUUGAAAACUUUUUUUUUUUCAUCAAAAGUUUAAAAUCUGGGAUUUGUUUCAAAGAAACCUGGACAUAAACAAAACAAAUUGAAAUAAAUAUGUCUAGCUCACUGAUCAAACAGACAUUGACUAUGUUAACUCCUUUGUACAAAAGGCCAGAUUUCCUUGCUUCCAUUGAAGAUGCGUUUUGGAACAUUCUCAAAUUAUGCUGAAUAACAUGGAUCUUUAAGUUUUGCACAAACUUGUGGAGCUCAUAUCAGCUCGAGUGCAUGCUGUCAUUACAUAAAAAUGGGGACAUACCAAAUACAAAGACGUGUAUAUUUGUUUAAUUAAACUUUUCACUUAAAUCUUUAUGCUUAUAAUGCACAUCGUAAUGGUAAAAAAAAAAAAAAAGACGCAUUUUCAGUAGGGGUCUCAGAUUUUUGGACUCCACGGUAUUGCCAAAAUACAUUGUAGGACAUGAUAUUUUCACUUUUCACAGAGUCAUAUCCAUUAUGUUAUCUUGAAUGGGACAGUAAGUAUUGAUAAGCCCCAAGAGGCCCAUGUAUAGGGAAAUGGAAGUCAGUUUUUAUUUUAACUGAACAGGUUCAAAGAGGUACAGGACAAGCUGGUUGUGGGAACUGAACAGUGAAGUCCAUGGGAAAGGGGAGGAUUUUGAGUGUCUCUCCAUUGUUUCUGUUGCUGAUGGGAAUCUUGCUAGUGAAUAAUGAUGCUGUAUUUGUGCAAGCAGCCUGUACACAUCCUGACUAAAGGGGUAAGAUAGGGCGGCAGGCGUCACUCCUUUUUCCUAUCACUCAGGAACAAUGGGGCUGUUUUGUCCUCAGAAACAAAUGAGCACCUUUCCUGCACCAAACCCACUGUC